AUGAUUCUUGUAUUAUAUUUUCUUUUAUAUGGUCAACCUGCUGCAGAGUCGACAAUUGCUUGCGGCUUACAGGUCUUCAUUGGAAUAUUACUAACAAUAUCGAUGGUCACCUUUGGUAUUAAUUCUCAAAAUCGUAGAUGGAUGAUGCGACCUGAUCAGAUGUUUCUCUCUUGGUCUUUUGGCUUCCUUUUGCUUUCUGCAAUCGCUUCUUUCAUUUCUGCUUCUUUUCUGUGUUGUGUCAGUUACACUGAUAGGGCAGCUCAAAGAGAAGUGGAACAUUAUGAAGCAAUCGAAGGUCAGUUAGGAGGUCGUUCAUUGGCUGGUGGGGGCACCUACUUAUCCGGCCGUGCUGGACCAUCAACCCUCUUUACUCGUAGUGCUUAUGCUAGUCAGCCUCAUGUCGGAGGCGGCGUUGUUCUAAAUGUUCCAUCUCUUGGCAAUGCUCCUGCGCAAACGGUUGAAAUAGGAAAUAAUAACUUCUACUCUGGCAACGGACCAAAUGGAAGUCAGUUGAUUCCUCUCCAAGAAGAACCUCCUGUAGGCAACGAGGGAGCAUUCUCAGACCAAGCAAGUGGUAUGUACGCUCAUCAUUCUCUGGUUCGUGGUCAAUACCUCGGCGCCACUACAUCAACGCAUUCGUUACUUUAUGGUUAUAGAAGAGAACAAGAACAGUAG